AUGACCACAUUGCUUCUCGUCAUCGGCUGCUUGAGCAUUGCACGCGACAACAAGCAAGCGUUGUCCGCCGUGGUGGCCCUGAUGGCUAUUUGGGCCUUCUUGUUUCAACUGACCCUCAGAGCUGCGGCCUACGCUGUCGGCGGCGAGACUGCCACCCCCCGACUGCGCCAAAAGACAUACUCGAUCAACGUCAUGAGCAACACGGCGGCGGCAUGCUUGGUCGGCCAAAUAGUACCGAUUCUCAUCAACCCGGGGAAUGCAAACCUCGGUGCAAAGGUGGCGUUCGUGUUCUUUGGCCCAUCACUACUCUCCUCAGCCUACUUGUACUUCUGCUUCCCGGAGAUGAAGGGCCGCAGUUACUUGGAGCUGGAGGAGAUGUUCCAAAAGAAAAUACCGACCAGGGACUUCAAAAAUUACAGCUGUGUCGUGGAUGUGGUUGAUGUUGACGGGGAAAAGCCUGUCGUUGUCUUGCGAGACUGA